UGCGGCAGCUGCUGACAGAAGUUUUCUUGUAAUUUGAGUCCUAGAGCGUUCUAGGAAUCAAGUCUGGAAUACUUGCGGCCUUUUGGUCCCAACCAUCACUUACAAAACAAGACUUCGGAGGGUUCCUGCUUAAGAAGCGUAUGGGGGCCCAGGCCAUAAAUGUGUGGGUGUGGGAUCCUGUUGACCGUGAUACAUUUCAGCACCCUGGCGAGCUUCCUACAAAGGAAGACGCUGCCAAAGCUUUCUUUGUGGACAAGAUCUUCGGGCCGAAAGUGGCGAAGAUCUCCAGGGCCACGAUGCUUGAUCGCAAGGGUAGCAUCACUUUGAUUGAGAGAGAAGACGGUACCAAUCUGGAGGUGCCGAUGAGUCGGGUUCUUCCUUGGUACGAAGGCCUAUUGGUCCUUCAAGAGAUUGAGGCCGGAGGUGGUGGUGUGGCGUGGUUCACCCAGCAGGUUCGAGAGACCUUGGAGCAGGAGCGCUCCAAAUAUACCAAGUCUGUUGCUCAGAACCUCGGCAGCAGCCUUUACGUUGAGAAGAAACUCCUGGACCAGGCUGUCACAGGUGCACGCUAUGUUGAUCAUAACGACAAGGAGCACAAUUUCCGGCGGGAGAAGUUGAAUGGAGAUGCUAAACCCUUCCUUGACGAGGAAGAGGGGCCAGAUGGCUUUUGGAAGGUCAAUGACAUCAUUGGAUACAUGCCACCAUGGGAAGCCUUUUGCAAUCAGCGAUGUGGUUUAUACCAGGAGUUCUACCAGGUGAGAUGGGACAAACCCUUCCUGAAUGCUGACUACUCAAAAGUCGAAAAUGGCACCACACAUCCAGGUGCUACCUGGGAGCCAGAUGAGUGCCUUCCUCCACAAAUGGACGGUUUGCGACUUCGUGAAAAGCGCGCUUGGGCCAAGAAGAAAAGUGUGGAGGAGCGGGAAGCUGCAGAAGCUGCUAUGAAGGCAGGAAAGAGAAAGGAAAUUGCACCACAGGCUCCAGAACGACCUCCAAAGAUGGGGAGAUUCAGGCGCACUGGUGAACCCCUCAUUGCAGACAUGUUUCGAUUCGCGCUUGGUCAUGACUUCAAUCCGGAACCUUUGGAUGUCCAGAAUGACAUCAUCCGUGGGCGGUGGCCACGCAAAGCAGAGGAAUAUCCUCCAGGCUAUGGUGUGGCUGACCCGCCAGGCUGUUGCUUCGAGAAAUGCGACUGCAUGGAUGAUCAACGUGCGCAGAAGCAGUGGGAGACAAGCAAAAACUGGCUGGAGGAUGCCCAACGGACCACCAACGCACUGAAAGCCAUCGAACACCUCAACGCCAGCCGCCUGGUCCGAAAACGCGGUGAGGUCAGUAGGCAGUUCUACUUCGAGGUCCUCCAUCGGCACGAGGUUGAGGAUCCUCAGCGGAUGGCUGCCCUCAAGGUGGCACAGGAAGUGGAACUGCAGAUCCAGAGGUCAUUGAAGGAAUUGCCGCUGACUGCCCUCACUGAUCCUUGUGAUGAGGUGCGAAUCCCAGCUCUUGCGUUUAUGAAGAGCGGCGAAGAUUACGUGCCUCUCCGCUUUGAAAUUGAAAGCGGGGCCAGCAGCUGGGCCAAGAUCGGUCUAGAAGAUGGAGUGCUGACCACAACUGCAGCUCCACCAUCCAGGCUGGAGCCAAUCAGAAUAGACCUCUACAACUCGGAGGGGCUCGCGGCAGUGGUUGACUGCUCGGUCACCAGCUCUCGACAGCCUGAGCCCGUGUGGCAAAAGGGCACGGUCAGUCUUGUUGCUCGUUUCACAGAUGUGCAGAAAUGCCCAUUGUCUCGGAACUCGAGGAUCGUUCUGCAAGAGCACUUGAGCAAAAUUUAUGACUUCGAUACCAGCACUCCAAAGGAAACGACUUUUGGACGCUGGCUGUCCUGCAUGACUCUCAUCCUUCGCCUGCUGAGGUCUUUGACCUUUGGGAACUUGGUGAAGUCAGAGGCUCAGUUGUCACGGCCACCUCCUCGUGCAGCGGUGGCGCUGUCGCACUGAACCAACAGCCCGGAAUGCUUUCCGCACCUUGGCCUCAGGCCAUGGAAGUGAGAAUUGAGAAGCUUUGCCCGCACAGCGUAGCUGCGUAGCUUGCAGCUCAG